UGCCUGAGCUCGUGCACAUUGCUCGCGGUUGUAGCUGCUAAUUGGUUAGCAUUAAUGUAUCGCUAUCGCUGCUAGUUUACAUUACUCUAUAACUAAAGUUACUAAUUAGCUCCUGUCAAGACCUGUCAAGACAUUUAUUUAUCUAACAAAAGAUAUUAAUUACUAAGACAUUGAAAAUUUACUGUCUUUAUUAAUUAAUUAAAUUAAAUUAAAAUAUUUAUCAAGCUAGCUAGCUGACGAGUUUCUGAACAUGAACUGGGUAGGAGGUUGGAGAAGCCGUGUUAUGAAAAGCAGUGACACGAGAAAACAAAAGGAGUUUUUUGAAAAGAAAAGGAUGCAGAACAGACAUAAUGUCUUGGCACCGCCACCAGCAUCACCUAAGAAGGGCAAUGUUGGCAACAUGGAUUUGCUUACAAUGUUUAUUGUAAACCAGAUCGCAUUAAAGAAAGAACACACUGGUAAACCUAAAUUAACACAUUUACCUAAAUCGAAAGGAAUUCAUAAAUCUAUGGGUGGGGAGUCUUUAGAGCUGCCAAUGAGUCCUUGUUCUCCAUCACGCUUGAGCCUGGCGGAGAGUGAAUCGCACUACAGUGACCAAACACUGGGUUUGAAGAAGAGAAAACAUAGCUUCCUUGAGGAAUUCAGGUUCAAGACGCUGUCACCGCUGCUGGAAACCAACCUGUCUGACAAUAGUACUUCAGCGUGUCAGCACCGGGUUCAGGGCAGUGUCGGUUCCUUUUCUUCAGCCUCACCGUCCUCAUCUGAGGCCUUCAACCUCCAGUCCAGGCCCACUGUACACAUCUCCCCUCCACCACCAACAGAAUCACGCUGCACAAAACCUGCUCAGCCAAUGGGUGUGUGUGAGUAUAAUCCUUGGACAGUGCCUUAUCAAACAGAGGCGUCCCAGACCAGCUUUGCAGAUGGAGUCCAGUUUGGGAGCACCUUACAGAGCAGAGAAAGCAGUGGGCCUUCCAUACAUUCUGCUGAAAACCCAUUUAAUGAUUUAGAGACGAAUGACCAAGAAGAAGAACCACACUUUUUUGGACUUAACGGAGGUGAAGAGCAUGUGUCAGGAUGUGUUGACUGUAGACCCUGCAGGGUACACAGAAUUGUCUCAGAGCAUGCCUGUGAAUCACCAGUAACCUGUCCUCGCGGAGAGGGCUGUGUCACCUCAGACGAUGUAACAAACUCUAUUCCAUCUCUCGGAUACAUUUUAGAAGAGGGAAAAAAGCAGGACGGUGAUUCCUACAUGCAGAUGUGCCACUUUAAGGACAUUCUGACAACAAGCCAAAGUUGUCCAUCAGGGAUGCAUGCUCCAACAAGACUUAUGUCCUUCAACCAGAAUUUCAUGUGUAACCAUGAACAUAGAGAGAGGAAGAGUAAAGCCCAUGGGAUUUCAAAAACCUUGAGCUGGAUCAAUCACGAACAGGACUGCGAGGAGGAUCAGUUUGUUCCCUCUUGUCUGCAGACUAAUACACAAAGUGGUAAAAUGCAUAAAAAGGCAUCUCGCAGGACACAAGACAAGGCGACCCAGACUGCAGGUUUUUCCAGUUUGGCUUCUCAAGAUGCCUCAGUGCAGUGUCGCCUUUUGAAUGCAGCUAGGUUGAGUAUUUUCACUGAGCCCACAACUCACAUUCACCACAGAAGAACACAAAAAUCUCCAACAACUAGGAGGCAGUCUCGUCACAGCAGUGAAAAUCAUGGUAAUCAGUUUGCUCUAUCAGAAAUCCAUAAGGUAGAGUUGAACACCUUCUGGAUGACAUCAGAAAGGGAGCCUACAAAGCAAGGUCCAGAAACAGUCACAGGACAUGAAAGUUUGAGCAAAUCUGAGAGCCAGGCAUGCAUGAAAAAACAUCCAUUACUGCACUGCUCUCACACAAAUGCCCCAGAGCUAAAGGAGCAGCUAUCAGAGAACAUGGUGUUGAGAGGAGAAAGGUGUGAAGGUCAUGAGGAGAAAAGUGUGAAUCAAAACCCCACUGUGAACUCCAGCUGCACAGAGGAACAUGACAAUGCCUUCACUGCUGAAACAGGUGGAGACAGGGUAUCUGAGGGAAAGGGAAAUCUUAAAGAAAUUGCAGACAUUCUGCUCAUGCUGAAGCAGAAAAGUAAGCAUCCAUAAAAAUGUGAGAGAGAUGACUCGGACCUGUUUUGUUUGUUGAAAGUUAGCAUCUGUUAUCAGAAGGUUUAUAGUUGUGUGUGUCACACUGGCUUCCUUUUGGAUGGUUCAGUUACAGUAAUCAAUACUGGAAAUCAAUACUGAAAACCAAAAGCUUACUUCAAACAGUGGACGAC